GUUAAUUGUUUAACUUUCUUUGUGUCUCUCAUCCCGUCCUUAUUUUCAUAUUUGGAUCCGAAACGCACCCAACUAGAUAAAUCUCCUUCUCUCUAAACCGGCGCACAAAAAGAUUGUUUCUUGGGAAGCCCUUUUUUUUCCUCUCUCUUUCUCAUCUUCGUUGAACAGGAGGGAAGGCCAUGUGAGUUGUUUGAACUAGACGGAUUUUUUUGGUAUUAUUGGGUUUUGAAUCAGUUAAAAUUUGGGUAGUUGUCGUGAAAUGGGUAAAUGCAAAGGUUGUGGGAAAUUGGGAAGAAUGGCCAGAGACAAGAAUGUGAGCUCAUAUCACAUCUCUCUACUUCAGUCUCCCGUUGUUUCUGUUUGGGAUUGUAUCGUUCGCAAGAUGAGGUUAUAGGAGGAAGUUAGUUACAGUGAUGAUGUAUUCAUCUUAGGAUUUUAGCGAAAGAGAGUUAUAUUGAACUUAGGAGUUAAGAAAGUAGUUGGUGCUGGAUAAGAUGGAGUGCGGCAAAGCCCCAUCUGAUGUUAGGAAGGUGAAGAAGAAGCAAGUAAAGGACGAGUUGGACCGCCUCAAACAGGCUGAGAAGAAAAAGAGGCGCUUAGAGAAGGCUUUGGCUACAUCUGCAGCGAUUCGUCUCGAACUAGAAAAGAAGAAACAGAAGAAGAAGGAAGAACAACAAAGGCUGGAUGAAGAGGGUGCUGCGAUUGCCGAAGCUGUCGCGUUGCAUGUCCUACUUGGGGAGGAUUCAGAGGAUCCGAACGAGGUGAUGCAGAAAAAGGACAUGGGGCUGGACCUAUGGGGUCAUAGUAGGAAUGUCGACAUCAUCGUGGGUGGAACGAGAGCAGUAUUUCCUCAACAAGAUCUCUCGAAAUAUUCAUUUGAAGGAUCAACGUGGAUCUCCGGUGACCAGAGGUAUGGAUGCACAUGGAACGAUUUUGCCAACACCGAAUGCAUGGUCUCGCCCGAACCUUGGGAACAAGUUCUCCGCCCGCAAUUUUUGGACAAGGGAAACUGGGACAUCACACCGCUUUCUCCCAGUUCAUUUGCCGAGGCUAUUUCAUCACUUCAGAUUGCUGAGGAUGCACCUGCACACACAUACAUUUUCAAUCGGAUGUUAAGAGAGUAACUAGACGGCCAAGGUACCGUCUAGUCAGCUGAUUCUUUCCUAUCUAAUGCUCUUUUUUUUUUUUGUCAAUGAAAAAAAAUUUGUGGUUUGGAAUAAUGCUGUGUAAAUAUUAUGAGCAAACAUACUGAUCUCAUUUGCCAGUCGUAUGUAUUAUGUGAGACAACUGCUCUGAAAUCACUUGUUGGUUGUGUAGCUUUCCCUCGAACUUUCCUUAAUGAGAAGAAUGUUGGUGCUCUUUUUCAAUUCA